CAUACCACAUAUUCAUAUUCAUAUUCAUAUUCAUAUUCAUAUUCAUCUCCUUUAAACACACACACAUCUCUCUUAGUUGUGAAAUAUGAAGAUUAUGAAAUCAAACUCCAUUUUGGCAGUUGGUUUUCUUUUGUUUAUGCUUAUUUUCUCUUAUCCACCAUCUAUUGAAGCUCAAGAAGUUGAGAAUCAAAGUGGAUUUGAUUAUUUGAGAGGUAGCACGAUGGGACCGGAUAGAUGGGGUGCGAUGAGGAAUGAAUGGUCGUUGUGCAGCAAUGGGACGAUGCAGUCUCCCAUUGAUAUGUCGAGUCGUAGGGUGGAGAUGGUGCUCCAUCCUAAAAAUAUAUACAAAAACUAUAAGCCUUGCAAUGCAACCAUGGUUAAUAGAGGUCAUGACAUCAUGGUUAAAUGGAUUGGAGAUGCGGGAUCAGUUAUCAUCAAUGACACCGAAUACGCUUUGAAACAAGCGCACUGGCACUCACCUUCCGAGCACACCAUCAAUGGCAAAAGGUUUGACAUGGAACUACAUAUGGUCCACCUCAGCAUGGACAACAAAAUAGCUGUCAUUGCUGUUCUUUACAAUAUUGGCAGACCAAGCAAUUUUCUUUCCAGGUUAGCUGUAAACAUAUCGUCUAUGAUAGAUCAAAAAGGCAUGCGUGGACACAGUGGGAUUGUAAAUCCUAGAGAGAUUCAAAUGAGUAGUAGGUUGUAUUACCGAUAUAUUGGUUCACUCACGGUCCCUCCUUGCACCGAAAAAGUUGUUUGGACCAUUAGUAGAAGGGUAAGAACGGUUUCAAUACGUCAAGUUAGAUUACUUCGAGAGGCUGUAAAGGAUUAUGCAGAACAUAAUGCAAGACCAGUACAACCGGACAAUCUACGAGACAUUCUUCUAUAUGCGCAGGCUCGAGAGAGGAAAUAGGAACGUGCGUUUACACACAUGUUCCACUACUAUGGUGUAAUACAUGAAAUCUAUAUAUCUUAAAUUUUGUUGUAUUGUUUUAAAAAUUUUGUUUUUCCAUCUGUACCCUAUUCAUAUCGUGAGAUUAUUAUUAUUUCAUUUAUUUUUUAUCUUUAA